GUUAUUAAUCGAGAAUGUGAGCAAUUCUGGUUCUUAUAACAUUAAUAAAAAACAAUUAAAAGAAAAAAGGAAGAGGCAAACACGAAGAUGAGCGACCGACGUUUUCAUAGUAUACAAGAAAAAUACCUUAGACUCCUCGUGCUUCAGCUUUACAAAUAAGACACAUCAUUUGGCGUUGAAAACGCACAUUUCUAUCCUCCUCCUCCUCCUCCUCCUUCUUCUUCUUCUUCUUCUUCUUAAUGAAUUUUGGUCUCCGUCUCUCCCACUUCUCCCUCGUUGUCUUUCUCUCCUACCUUCUUUGAAUCUUCUUUGGAUUUUUAAAUUUUAACAAAAACCCUAGGCAAAACGAAAAAAACCAAUAACGAAAUUAAGUUUGAAAUUCGUAGAGCCAGAGAGAGAGAGAGAGAGAGAGAGAGAGGUGAUUGUUUGUAAUUGUUAGAGAUGAUGGAUCUAAGGAGAUUAGCGUUGGUGGUUGUGACUGUUGCGGUGACGGUGGUGGGUGAAUUCGGUUGUGGUUGUUUUGGGAACGUGUUGACUUUAAAUGUAUUACGUAAAUUUGCAGGCCACGGAAAGAAUUUAAGUGCAUUGAGAGCUCAUGAUAUCCGUCGUCAUGGUAGGCUUCUCUCUACUAUCGGUGUGGAUCUCCCUUUAGGUGGCAAUGGUCAUCCUUCUGAAACUGGGCUUUAUUUUGCUAAAAUUGGAUUAGGAAAUCCAUCAAAGGACUAUUAUGUGCAAGUUGAUACUGGAAGUGACAUUCUAUGGGUGAAUUGUGCUGGAUGUGACAAGUGCCCCACAAAAAGUGAUCUUGGUCUAGGAUUAACAUUAUAUGAUCCAAAGAAGUCCUCCACUUCAAGCCUGGUUUAUUGUGAUCAAGAUUUUUGUACUUCAACAUAUGAUGGUCCACUCCCCGGUUGCAAGCCCAAUCUUCAGUGCCAAUAUAAUGUCGUUUAUGGUGAUGGAAGCUCAACAGCUGGAUACUUUGUAAAGGACAAUAUGAAACUGGAGCAGGUGACUGGUAACCUUCAAAGUAGAUCUACAAAUGGGACUGUUGUAUUCGGGUGCGGUGCUAGACAAUCUGGGGAAUUAGGAUCAUCAAGUGAAGCACUAGAUGGGAUACUAGGAUUUGGACAAGCAAAUUCUUCUAUAAUUUCACAACUGGCUGCAUCUGGGAAAGUAAAAAAAUCGUUUGCACACUGUUUGGAUAAUAUAGAGGGAGGUGGAAUCUUUGCGAUUGGUGAAGUGGUAUCUCCGAAAGUCAAAAGGACACCUAUGGUUCAAAACCAGGCACAUUACAAUAUUGUAAUGAAGGAUAUUGAGGUCGGUGGUGAUCUACUGCGACUUCCAAGUGAUAUUUUUGAUAGUGGAGAUCAAAAGGGAACAAUAGUGGAUAGUGGUACAACCUUAGCAUAUCUCCCAUCAUCAAUUUAUGAACCACUAAUGACAAAGAUUCUCUCCCAGCAACCUGCGUUGAACUUGCAUACUGUAGAAGACCAAUUUACAUGUUUUCAGUUUGCGGGAAGUGUUGAUAGUGGAUUUCCAGUCGUAAAGUUCCAUUUUGAAGAUUCCCUUGUUUUAACAGUUUUUCCCCAUGAGUAUACAUUCCAAAUUCGUGAAGAUAUUUGGUGUUUUGGUUGGCAGAACAGUGGAGUGCAAUCUAAAGAUGGCAAAGAUAUGAUUCUUUUGGGAGAUUUGGUGCUUUCAAAUAAGUUGGUUAUAUAUGAUAUAGAAAAUCAGAACAUUGGAUGGACUGAAUACAAUUGCUCUUCGAGCGUCAAAGUGAAGGAUGAAAGUUCGGGGGCGGUGUAUUCGGUUGGUGCCCAUGAUAUUGGUUCAGCUUCCAGUUUGAGAAUUGGAGGAAUUCUAACAUUAUUGUCUAUAAUAAUUGCUUUACUCCACAGUUCUAUAGCAUAGAUUGUUGGAAGCAGCGAUAAAACAUUCUUUGAUUCUGUUGUACCAUAAUUCAUUUUUUUUUUACAGUGAAAUUGCGCGGGUUUUCUUUUUUUAA